AUGUCACGCUGGGAUCUGUCGGCGACGCUCGCAACUUGCUUGACGCUCGAGGACGUAUCGGACGCGGAACGCAAACCGGACCUCAAUUAUGAAACACCUGUUCUCCAAGUCACCUCCAAAGCGCGUGAAAAUAAAUAUGAAGUCGUUUGUUUACCGCUGACAACGGAAGCUUGGAAGCGAAGAUGGUCCAGUAUGUGCCUGCUGCCCGUCGACGCGACAGAAGAAGAAAAGGGAGAGGCAUCUAAGGCUGCAGAGCUGUGGAGAGUCCGCCCGGGGUUCUUGAAAGAUGAAGUCACCCUCUCGCGGCUAGACGAAGCUGAGGGUGUGAUUGCUAUGGUCUCGGAAUGGCUCGAGUUGGAUUCGCCAGACGACUGGAUCCGCAACGAUGCAGAAAUAGCCCUGCAGCAGGAGCUUUCCUACGCUUCAUAUCUCAACAUCGCGACUGCAAUCCUGCCUCCGCCUCGUAACAGAGACCAUGUCGCUUCAUAUGCCAGGGCAAUCAACUCAUGUCUACAGGCGACUUCCUACAUUAGCCUCUCCGUGCGCCUCCCAAUCUACAACCCCUCCGUCUUCCAACCCACUUCGCCCCUGUCUUCAUAUCCUUCUUCGUCAUCCCACAACUCUCUCAUGUCUCCGCAAACCCCGGCUUUGGUGGUAUCGGACGCCAACCAAGAUCGACCCCAAAACUCUGAAACGUCUUUGAAUGCAACAUGGGAGAUGUGGGAUCUCAUUCGGUCCAUGUGUGAUUACAAUCCUCGUCUGACCCUUACUCUGGACCUUUCACCGGCGCUUCCGACCUCUUUGGGUGUCCUCAGCAAAUGGGCCGCUGAGGCUGUUCGACACAUCUUCCUGCCAGCUUCCACGUUCAUUGCCAAUAUGAAGGGGUACCCACAUCGGCCCACAAUCAUUCUAGCGGACGUAAACUCGGGAAGGCAUGCUCGUGGUGGUGAACGUGCCUACUCCCAGUACAUACGUCAUCUGGAGAAAACAAGUCCGACCGUGCAGGCUGCCCAAAAACCCGGGACGGUGGAAAACUUUGCGCAAGGUUAUCAAGACUAUCUGCAGGCGCCAUUACAGCCGUUAAUGGAUAACCUGCCAAGUUUCACGUAUCAGGUCUUUGAGAAGGAUCCCGUCAAAUAUGCUCAAUAUGAAGAGGCUAUGUAUAGGGCAUUCUUGGACCGCCCAGCAGACGGCAAAACGUUAGUUUGUGUUGCAGGGGCUGGCCGUGGACCGCUUGUCGCGCGAUGUCUGACGGCCUUGGAGCGUGCGCAUCGCGAUGCCAAGGUCUAUGUGAUAGAGAAAAACCCGAAUGCAUAUGUAACCUUGCAGCAUCGGCAAGAAAGAGAAUGGGGAGACAAGGUCCAGCUCGUCUUUGGUGACAUGCGGGUCAUCGAUGUGCCCGAGCAGGUUGACAUCCUAGUCAGUGAAUUGUUGGGUUCAUUUGGAGAUAACGAGCUCAGUCCAGAGUGUCUGGACGGGGCCAUGCGCUUUUUGAAACCGGACGGCAUCUCGAUACCGUCUUCUUACACAGCCCAUCUCGCGCCUUUGUCCUCGUCCAAGCUCUACAACGAGGCUCGAUCUGGGAAUAGUGAGAAAAGUCUGGAAACCCCUUACGUGGUUAUGUUCCAAGCGGUCAACAUCCUCAGCGGACUACCGUUGAGCAAUAACCAUAAUGUGCGAUCCGCCAAAUUGAGAUUCUACAUACCUCAUGCGGGGGUACUCCACGGACUCGCUGGUUACUUCGAAGCAGUUUUAUAUGGAAAUGUUGGUCUGAGUAUCCAUCCACAGCGAAAAGAUCAGAUAUCAAAGGACAUGCUCAGCUGGUUCCCCCUGUUUUUCCCAUUCAAGGAACCGCUCUACCUCCCGAGUGAUUCUGAGCUACAAGUAUCCAUCUGGCGACUGACAAAUAACCAAAAAGUCUGGUACGAGUGGCAUGCAGAGUCUUUCUUGUCUAUUCCAAAGAAACCUGCGGAAGGAGACGAUGCGUUCCAACCCGCCAGAGCACCGACGCCUUCGAUACCGACCUCGCCAAGCGGGUUCCCCAGCCCGCUCAUUGAUAGCGUCGAUCCCUUUAGCAACCAAUGGCGCCGUAUGUCUGUAGCGACCAACUCGACUUCAAGUUCCGCAGACGUUGAAUAUGAAUCUGUCAAGAUUGGGCAUACCAGUCUUCAUAACCCAGGUGGGCGGAGCAGCUGGAUUGGCUUGUGA